AUGUCUGCACCACGAACAAAGCGCCAGUUUGCCGGCGCAGCAAGCGAUCCCGCACAGCGUCGCAUCACCUCCUUCUUCAAUAGCUCGGGCCCCAUCCACCCCUCCACGCCUUCAGACGAGUCCUCUCCGAAAGGCUUCAGUGCAUCUGACGCUACAGUGCAGGCGAACCUCUUGUCCGUAGGCAUGAGAGUCAGGAAGGCAGUGCCGGAAGGAUACAAGACCGUCGGCUACAGCGCAUUCUCGCUCUGGGACGAGAACAGGAAGGACGGGAUCCCGACAAGCGCGACUCCUGACACCGGCCGGCCGCGACCAGACGCACUGUCCACGCCGAGAGAGCUGCUGCCAUUCUGCGGCAUCAACAAGAUUGGAGGGUUCGGCACACAGGAGUCUUCCGUCUCGGAUGAGUUCGCGUUCAGUCUACCUUCGGCGGGCGUCCCAUUGGGACUCGUUGACCCCGAUGCCAUGGACGACGUUCCAGGCCUUACUCUCAGCCAGAAGUCUGUGGAGUCGAACGAUCUAUAUGCUUCUGGCGUCACUGGCACCGCCACACGAAAGCGGUGCUUUGCUGAUGAAGAGGAUGAAAUCCUUCAGGUGCCAGAUCAGCUGAAUCUUAUGGGCUGGCAAGACUUUGAAGUGAGCCCACGAAGCCUGGCACCGGUCGACCUGAGCAACAGCAGGAGAAUGGCCAUGCCUAGGAAAGGCGGCCUCAAGGGCAAAAAUGGAGCCUUCAAUGGAGCCCAACAAUUCGGACAGGAGAACGCUAUGAUGCCCAGUGGGGACUUUGAAGAUGCAAGCUUUCUGGACCAGAGUCUAGAAGUGGAUAUGGAUGAUGUUUGA